CCAGGGCCCCGCCUCCAGGAGCGGCCGGCGGGCGCAGGGAGGUUGAAUGGGGGACGCGCGCCUUUGUUCCUGUCCCUGCUCUGGCUCUGACCUUGAGAGAGAGACAAGAACAGAAGGAAAACAGCUUCAGCUCAAAUCCGCUCGGCAGCGGCAGUGGCGGCUCUUGCCUUGGUGGCCCCUGCAUGCAAAUGAGCAGCCCCAUUGCUGGGCCUGCGCCGAGGCGUCCUCCCUGUGUGGUGUGCCCUUUCUGUUUCCCUGACCCCCUGCAGGCUCACGUCCUGCUGGCUUUGACAGAAGAGACCCCAGCCCCAACUGUGAGGUCCCAUCAAGUGGGACAACAGUGGCAGCUUCCAGAAGGUGGGACACUGGGCUGGGCCAGGCUCCACCUCCGUAGCUGUGCAAGGGGGACUUCCUCACUGGGGGCCGCCACCACCCUUGUGCUCUCCAAAGGGCCAGACCCGUCAUCCUGGGCUGAGCUGGGCCCGUGUUGCUGGAAGCCCAGGCCCUCACGCCAGGGGUAUCCGGAGAGUCUAUUUGAAGGGCCGGCCCUGGGACUCGGGUACCCGCAGUCAGGAGAGGAAACAGAGGCCCACAGAGGACAAGGGACUGCCCUGAGGUCCCCCAGGGAGGCAGUGGUGGACCAGCCUUUGGACUCGGGCCAGCACGUGCCGAAAACACCUGCCCAGAAGGAACAGGGAGGCAUGAAGCUGGUUAGCUCGCCCAGGUUCCACGCGGGCGCGGCGGACGACGGCGGGGGCUACACGGUGGAGGUCAGCAUCAACGACUACCUGGACAUCUACUGCCCGCACUACGGGGCGCCGCUGCCGCCGGCCGAGCGCAUGGAGCACUACGUGCUGUACAUGGUCAACGGCGAGGGCCACGCGUCCUGCGACCACCGGCAGCGCGGCUUCAAGCGCUGGGAGUGCAACCGGCCCGCGGCGCCCGGGGGGCCGCUCAAGUUCUCGGAGAAGUUCCAGCUCUUCACGCCCUUCUCCCUCGGCUUCGAGUUCCGUCCGGGACACGAGUACUACUACAUCUCUGCCACACCGCCCAAUGCUGUGGACCGACCCUGCCUGAGGCUGAAGGUUUACGUGCGGCCAGCCAACGAGACCCUGUACGAGGCCCCGGAGCCCAUCUUCACCAGCAAUAACUCGUGCAGUGGCUUGGGCGCCUGCCAGCUGGUCCUCAGCACCGUCCCUGUGCUGUGGACCCUCCUGGGCUCCUAGUCCCGGCCCACCUGGAUGCCCCGCCUAGAGACCAGCUAGAGACUCCGUUUCUCCCACGACUGGUGCUGCCCUGCCAGGCAGGGGGGGGGGGGGGGGGCUGUCCACCGCCCCAGGGCCAGCCCUGGGGGGCGCGGCUAAAGGCCCUGAUGCCUGAGAGGCCGGGUGUCUGUCCAGCCCCCCGGCCAAGCCAUUCCUUCCAGGGUGCCGGAGAGCCCAAGAACCUCUCGCUAGGGCUUUUCUUUCACGGCGGAAUCAGAAAGACUUGAGUUUUUAAUUUAAUUUAUUCCUUGCUGUUGCCGGUAACUUUGGGAAGGAGACAGAGUGGAUGCUGCGUGGGUCCCUGGCCCCCCCGGGGCACGGGGAUCGGGAGACCCCUGGUCUGGUCGACCCUCCAGGUGCCCUGGGACAGGCCGGUCUGAGACGGAAGGGGCCGGGGAUGCGUGCCCCUAAUUCCGGCCCAGGAAUCAGAGCCCACCUCAGACCCCACCCCCACCCCCCACCCCCCACUCCCCACUCCCCCCCCACCUCCUCCCUCCAGGGUGCCUCACCAGAGAGCCCCGUGUGGAGCCCUGGCCCCAUCAGAGCCCCCGCCCCCACGUCUUAGAACCGCUUAGGCCCCGCCCGGUCCCCCCAGCCUCACCCGCUUGCCCCCGAGGCCCAGAAGACGUGACAUUUCUGUAAAUAGAGCCAGCAAGUAUAUACUGUGAUUUAUUUUUACUGUAUUCCUAAGGAUGGCCUGGAAAGUUUCUUUUUUUCUUACCCCUUCAUGGGAGGGGGGCACUUUUAUUUUGCUGGGGGGGGUGGGGGGACUUUUUAGAGUAGAAGCCGCACUUCGCAAUAAGCUCGUGUGUCUGUCGGAGCCCCUGCCCCUACUCUCCGAACUAAUAACGUUUGUAAGAGAAAAGAAAACAGGACAAAAGGAAACACGGGGGCCACCACCAAGAAAAGACACCCCCCCCCCGACACUUUAAAGAAGCAAACCGCAUUUAUACAGAUUUCAUAUUUCCUA